GUAUAUACUGUGACUUUACUUCAUGGUUGGCCCCUAUACCGCCAUCUCGUCUGUCAUUAUAAGGAAGAAGAAGAAUAAUAAAACGAGAACAGAAACGCUUUGAUUUCUAAAGCAAACAUUUUUUGAGUGUAUUCGAAAAAUAGAUCAAAAUGGAAACAAAUUUGCAGGCGCAUCUUUAGUGUUUGACAAUAAUGAGAUUAUUCUAGGAAGCAUCAGAUUAUAUUCCCUAUAAAGCGGAUGUUGAAAUUAUAUCUAUACAAUUGCGAGAACAAUUUUUCCAACAGUUAUUCCUGUAUUAUCGUGAACUAUUCCUAGUUUUAUUGAGUUUCUUUGUAAACUACGAAGCACAACAAACGAGAAGAUUCGGAGAAAAACCAAGUUUCCUUAACUUUAAUAAAGUCAGAACAUUCGAUUUAGUCGAAAGAUUCUUCGCGAUGAUUUUGAUAUUUCUGCGAAAAUCGUAUCGGUGAUGCUUAAAACGACGAACUUGCCAGCGUGAUAUCACCGAUAGGUGACGUUUGAUUCCGAAGGUUACUCAACUGACAAAUCGUCUCGGAAGUUUAAACAGGUUCAGACUAGGCCUUGUGUGUUGCAUAUUUGAAUCUUUGUAUACUGAAGAAAAAGUUGACAUGGCUUCGGCGAUAUUGCAGAAAGCCAUAGAUCUUGUGACAAAGGCUACAGAGGAAGAUCGCAAUAAAAACUAUGAGGAGGCCCUUAGAUUAUAUGAACACGGUGUCGAAUAUUUUUUACAUUCAAUCAAAUAUGAGACACAUGGAGAUAAAGUAAAAGAAAGUAUAAGAGCAAAAUGUAUGCAGUAUUUAGAAAGAGCAGAAAAAUUAAAAGCUUACUUGAAAAAAAGUAAGAAGAAACCAAUUAAAGCUGGAGAAGAUAAUGUCAAGAAUGAAGAUAAAAAAAGUGACAGUGGUGAUAGCGAUACUGAUAGCGAUCCCGAAAAGAAAAAAUUGCAGAACAAAUUAGAAGGUGUUAUAAUGACCGAAGGCACAAAUGUUAAAUGGAGUGAUGUGAUUGGUCUUGACGGAGCUAAAGAAGCUUUGAAAGAAGCUGUUAUUCUACCGAUGCAUUUCCCUUAUCUUUUUACUGGAAGACGCAUACCUUGGAAGGGUAUUCUAUUGUUUGGACCACCAGGUACUGGUAAAUCAUAUUUGGCAAAGGCAGUAGCAACAGAAGCUAAUCAAGCUACUUUCUUUUCUGCAUCAUCAUCAGAUUUAGUGAGCAAAUGGUUAGGAGAGUCAGAGAAACUUGUAAAAAAUUUGUUUGAAUUAGCAAGACAAAAGGAACGUAGUAUUAUAUUUAUCGAUGAGAUAGAUUCUCUGUGCUCGUCGCGUUCAGACAAUGAGUCAGAAUCUGCAAGGAGGAUAAAAACAGAAUUUCUAGUUCAGAUGCAAGGUGUAGGAAACCAUAAUGAGAAUAUACUUGUACUGGGAGCCACCAAUAUACCUUGGGUUUUGGAUUCUGCAAUCAGGCGAAGAUUUGAAAAGAGAAUUUACAUUCCAUUGCCUGAAAAACAAGCGCGCGCUGCUAUGUUUAAGCUUCAUUUGGGUAAUACAUCGCAUUGUAUAACAGAAGAAGAUUUUAAAAAAUUAGCAGCGUCUACUGAAGGUUACUCGGGAGCCGAUAUAAGCAUCAUUGUACGGGAUGCUCUAAUGCAACCAAUUCGACAAGUACAAACGGCUACACACUUUAAGCGCGUUACAGGACCGUCACCGAAGGAUCCUUCCAUUAUUGUCAAUGAUUUACUUACUCCAUGCUCCCCUGGUGAUCCAGCUGCUAUAGAAAUGAAUUGGAUGGAGAUAGAUGGCGACAAAUUGUUUGAACCACCAGUUACUAUGAAAGAUAUGUUAAAAUCGCUAGCAACGACCCGUCCUACUGUAAAUGAAGAAGAUUUGACAAAGCUAGAAAAAUUUAAAGAAGAUUUUGGUCAAGAGGGUUGAGAAGUUUUUGAGCUUUUCCGUAAUUAAGUAAACGGAUUUAUAAUUCAUCUCAAAGUCUUUAGUUAUCUACGCUCGCCUUAUUCUUCUUACAAUAACAUUUAACUUAAAUGUCUAUAUAAAUAUACUCGAAAACGAGUUUUUUCCCCUUAUUUAGUUCUCUUUUUAAGCGCGAAACGACUACAACCUGGCAUUAUAUAAGCUUAUCGCUUAUUUACUUGGCGAAAAUAGUACAUAAAUUAAGAAAUAAACCACAUAUAUUUUGAGAUAAAAAUUCUUAGAUUUAUAAAACAGAGAAGGGGUAGAUUAUUUUUCAUUAUGAAAUGCAAAGUAGAAAAUGAUGAAGUAUAUGACAAACUUUGUGUUUAAUGCUUUAUAAUAUAAAAACGCUUUGAUAUGUAUCUAAUAACUUAAUUGCGUAAAUCAUAUAUUUAUAUAGAUUUAUAUAUAAAUUUGUUUGCAGUUAUUUUCUUAUCACCUUUGAUUAUGGUUUUAACUGUUCUUGUGUACUAUUUGAUUAUUCUGAUUCAUGCGGUUUCAAUAGUGAUCGCCCGCGGGAAUCGAAUUGCGCGGUUAGAUAAUUUAAGAAAUUCACUAACUGAAAAAAAUAGAGCAUAAUGAGUAUUAUGUAAUACGCUGAGUGUUACAUACACAUAUGUAUUGCCGAUAUUCAGGAUGGUGUUUUCAUGUAAAUUGUUUUUAUUGUUAACUGAAAAUAAAUAACAAACUGUAUAC